AUGUAUUUUAUUUUCAUAAUUUUUAUAAGUUUAAUAUAUAACUUGAAUGCAACAAUUUUACCUAGUAUAAAAUAUGAAUCUUGGAUGUUAGAAGAUAUGCCUGAAAGAACACGAUUUACAAGUGUUCUAGAUUGUAAAUUACCUCCAGAUGUUGGUGAACCAUGUUAUAUGAUAGAUUCAAAUAUUACCUCAAACAUAGUAUACUAUUUUGAUCCUGAAACAUUGGAAUGUUAUCCAAUGAAAUAUAAAGGAUGUAAAGGAAAUAGAAAUAUGUUUGUAGAUAAAGAACUCUGCAAAUCACAUUGCCUUAAAUCUGAUUAUGAUGGUUGUCGUGGUGGUAUUAAACCUUCUGAAAAAAUGUGUGGAUGGAAUAGUACUUGUGAUAAUGAAAACUUAAAUAAAACAGAACAUUACAUGUGUUCAAAUAAUUAUAUGCUAGUAAUUGGAAAAAAAUAUGAUCAUUGUUGUUACAAGGAGACAGAAUUAUUUUUACAGGGUAAAGAAGAUUUGGUUCGUUGUAUGGGUGGUAAUUUUACAAAAGCAACACCAGUUAUUUUAACAAAAAAAAGAUACCAUCCUGUGUGGUUAUUAGGUAGAUCAUGUAAACAUAACUUUUGCCCAUCAAAUACCAUUUGCCAACAAAAAGAUCUCUAUGCAUAUUGUUGUUACAUAAAUUAA